AUGCUGUGUUUACGAAAUGGAUCGUUAAGAGGACUCGCUCCACAGUCUCUCUCCUCAACCAUCUCACGAACAACAAGAAUCGCAGCAGCACAUAAGAGGGACUUCUCCAUCGCACAGCUAGAUGCCGAACGAAAGAACCGAGAGAGAGUGGUAGUUUUGGGCAGUGGAUGGGGUGGCUUUACUCUCAGUCGUGAUCUAGACGCGAAGAAGUAUCAGAUUGUGGUUGUCAGUCCAAGAUCGUACUUUGUUUUUACGCCCUUGCUCGCCGGGACCUCAGUUGGGACCCUCGAGUUUCGGACUGCUCUGGAGCCUGUAAGAUCCUUUCGUGGAAGAGGUGUGGGAGCAGAGUACUUUCAAGGAUGGGCCGACCAGGUGGAUUUCGAAACCAAGACGUUGACGAUUGAGGAGUCUGUUGAGGAUCCAUUGCAAGGUCGAGGAUUGGCUUCGAGUAUCCAUGCCCAGAAGACGAAGGAGGAGCGCAAGGAGGAGAAGGAGAUGCUUGCGGAAAAGGGACAGCUUUUUGAUCUCUCGUACGACAAAUUGGUUGUGGCGGUGGGAUGCUACUCCCAGACCUUCGAUACGAAGGGUGUGAAAGAAUUCGCCUACUUCCUAAAAGACGUCGGAGAUGCCAGAAGAAUACGAAAUCGCCUUCUCUCCUGCUUCGAAAUCGCCGCACUCCCAACCACCUCGGAUGAAAUGCGCUCUCAAAUCCUYAACUUCGCAGUCGUGGGUGGUGGUCCCACAGGAAUCGAAUGGUCAGCAGAGCUCCACGAUCUCAUCCACGAAGACAUGUCACGCCUCUACCCGGAGCUAGUCCAACACUGCAAAAUCACAGUCUACGACGUCGCACCCACAAUCCUAAGCAUGUUCGACGAAAAACUCUCCAAAUACGCCAUGAAGACCUUUGCUAGAAAUGGCAUCGAGAUCAAAACAAACCACCACGUCCAAGAACUCCGUCCGGGAGCCGUCAUACGUCCAGGAGUCAAAGAUAAAUUCUCCUGCUACACCCUCAACUUAAAAGAACAAGGCGAAGUAGGAGUGGGAAUGUGCGUCUGGUCCACAGGAUUAAUGAUGAAUCCAUUCGUCGAGACAGGUCUGAAAGACAAAGUCAAACAACAUCCCAAAUCCCACGGUAUCCUCACAGAUUCACAUCUUCAAAUCCAAUCCCCGGAUGGUACGCCCGUGAGAGACGUCUACGCGUUAGGAGACUGUGCGAUUCUCGAGGGAACUUCAUACCCCGCAACCGCUCAAGUCGCGGCGCAAAAAGCAUCUUGGCUAGCGAAGAGAUUGAAUAAAGGGGAUCUCCAGAAAACGGAAUUCAAAUACAAGGACCUUGGAGUAAUGGCUUAUAUUGGAAAUCAGAAUGCGAUUUUGCAGUCUUCCGGAGGGAAUAUCUCGGGAUUGAUGGCGUGGUUUAUUUGGAGAGGGGUGUAUUUGAGUAAGAGUAUGAGUUGGAGAAAUCGGAUCUUGAUCCCGAUUUAUUGGAGUAUUAAUUGGUUGUUUGGGAGGGAUAUUUCGCGCUUUUGA